GCUUUCCCCAGGUGCAAACAUGGGGUGCUUCACCUUCAUCAAGGUCAUGAUGAUCCUCUUCAACCUGGCCAUAUUUCUUGGUGGUGGGACCCUCCUGGGAGUUGGCAUCUGGGUCACGGUGGAUGGACAGUCAUUUCUGGAUAUAUUUGGGACGCUCUCCUCUAGCGUCCUGCAGGUUGUGAAUGUGAGCUACUUCCUCAUCGUCAUUGGUGCCAUACUGCUGGUGAUUGGCUUCCUUGGGUGCUGUGGUGCCCAGAAGGAGAGCAAGUGUCUCCUGAUGAUGUUCUUCUCGGUGGUGCUGAUCAUCUUCAUUGCUGAAAUUGCUGCUGCCGUGGUGGCUCUGGUCUACACAGGUCUUGCAGAGACGCUGCUGACGGCUGUGGUGACCCCUCUCCUGAAGGAGAAGUAUGGGGUGGAUAUGAAGCUCACGCAUAUCUGGAAUGUCACCAUGACAGAGGUCCAUUGCUGUGGCCUGAAUAACUACACAGACUUCAACAACUCUCAGUGGCUUGAGAAACACAAUACCUACCCGGAGCCGUGCUGUGAGGACAUGAAGCCCUGCAAUGCCACGGUUGCAGCACAAAGCAAAGUCCCGGGUUGUUUCAAUCAGAUCUUGGAAGAAAUAAAAACUAACGCAGGUGUGGUGGGUGGUGUGGCAGCUGGCAUUGCUGCUUUGGAGAUUGCAUCCAUGGCUGUUUCCAUGUACCUGUACUGCCAGCUGGAUCAGAAAUGA